CUAAAGUGUCGUUUUCUCCCAAGCCCGCGAAAGCCCCUCGAACCCCUUUCCUUGGAGUUUCGUUUCCCAUUUCCCACUUUCGCCCAGUGCAACAUCGCGAAUCGACACCGAAAUCCUUACAAGGCCGAACUCAAUCUCGAGUCAACCAUCAGCUUCUGUCCAUUGUCGAUAACCCCCUGGUUGCGUCUUCAUUACUCAACGGGAACGCAUUGCUAAGACACGCAGCGGCACUUGCCGGCCGGUUUCGAGUUCGAGUCGCCGAGUCCACAAUCCCGCCGUCCACCGAUCCGACCGUUGAUCUCCCCCAAAACUCCACGCAGCAAUCAGUGGCCAGCUGGGGUAAGCGAGCAGAAAUACGAAAAGAAAGGACCCCUCGCGCGCGUAUGGAGUGAUUGCCCAACGCUCGCACCGGAGCAGACAACAACAUACGACCCGACGCCAAAUACACACCGUCCAUCGAUUCCACACCCGCGCCGCUCGAUUACGAAACUCCCGUAGCGAGUCCAACAACAUCCUCCAGCUCAACACCGUUCAUCCCGCGCAGAAGGGGGGAAGGCAUUUCAGAGGGCAGAGGAGACAGCUUUAAACAGAUUACCCGUCAAACCCGGCAACCACCGCAGCCAUGUCGUCCUCCGCGAGCGGCUUCCUCGGCCGCUCGACGAGCAACAACUCGAACAUGCGAGGGCUGGUGCAAUUCAUUGCCGACCUGAGAAACGCAAGAGCUAGGGAGCUGGAAGAGAAGAGAAUCAACAAGGAGCUGGCCAACAUUCGACAAAAGUUCAAGGAUGGCAACCUGAGCGGUUAUCACAAGAAGAAAUACGUGUGCAAGCUCCUCUACAUCUACAUCCUCGGAUGGAACGUCGACUUUGGCCACCUCGAGGCCGUCAACCUCAUCUCGGCGAACAAGUACUCGGAGAAGCAGAUUGGAUACCUCGCCAUGACCCUGUUUCUCCACGAGAAGCAUGAGCUGCUGCACCUGGUCGUCAACAGUAUAAGGAAGGACCUGCUGGACCACAAUGAGCUGUUCAACUGUCUGGCUCUCCACGCAAUUGCCAACGUCGGUGGCAGAGAAAUGGGAGAGGCCCUGAGCGGAGAGGUUCACAGGCUUCUGAUUUCGCCAACAUCCAAGGCGUUCGUGAAGAAGAAGGCCUCACUCACGCUCCUCCGUCUAUACCGCAAGAACCCCGAUAUUGUCCAGCCGCAAUGGGCCGAGCGCAUAAUAUCGCUUUUGGAUGACGUAGAUGUCGGUGUAGCUCUGUCUGUCACGUCUCUUGUCAUGGCCCUUGCCCAGGAUAAUGCAAAUGCGUACAAGGGGGCGUAUGCGAAGGCCACAGCAAGGAUUAAGAGGAUAGUCAUUGACGGGGAGUACACUCCGGACUACCUUUACUACAAGGUCCCUUGCCCCUGGCUCCAGGUCAAGCUUCUGCGUCUACUGCAGUACUUCCCUCCUUCAGAUGACACUCACGUCCGCGAGAUGAUCCGAGAGUCGUUGCAGAAGAUUCUGAACCUCGCGAUGGAGCAAACGAAGAACGUCCAGCAGAACAAUGCACAGAACGCCGUGCUCUUCGAAGCCAUUAACCUCAUCAUUCACUUGGACAACGAGCAAGCCCUAUUGAAGCAGAUCUCAUCUCGUCUGGGCCGAUUCUUGACCUCAAGAGAAACCAACGUUCGUUACUUGGGUUUGGAGGCGAUGACGCAUUUGGCAGCCCGCAUCGAGACCCUGGAACCGAUCAAGCAGCACCAGGACGUCAUUCUUGGCUCACUUAAGGACAGAGAUAUCAGCGUGCGGAGGAAAGGUCUCGACCUUCUCUACAGCAUGUGCGACUCGUCCAAUGCCCAAGUUAUUGUCGGCGAACUUCUCCACUACCUCCAGAACGCCGAUUUCGCCAUAAGAGAGGAGAUGGUGCUGAAGAUUGCUAUCUUGACUGAGCGAUAUGCCACUGACGUUCAGUGGUACGUGGACAUUUCGCUGCGUUUGAUUGCUAUGGCUGGUGAUCAUGUCAGCGAUGAGGUGUGGCAGCGUGUCAUUCAGAUUGUGACGAACAACGAGGAGCUGCAGGUUUAUGCGGCUCAGCACUCCUUGCAGUACGUCAAGUCGGAUCACUGCCACGAGACUCUGGUAAAGAUCGGAGCUUACAUCUUGGGCGAAUUCGGCCAUCUCAUCGCCGACCAGCCCAAGUGCAGCCCCAUUGAGCAGUUCAUGGCUCUUCAGAGCAAGGUCGCCGCCUGCUCAUCAAGUACAAGAGCCAUGAUCCUCUCAUGUUACGUCAAAUUUGUCAACCUCUUCCCCGAAAUCAAGCCCCAGCUUCUCAAGGCAUUCCAGGUCUUCAGCCACACGCUCGACUCUGAGCUUCAGCAAAGAGCAUGCGAGUACCUGACGCUCGCCACACUGCCGACAGACGACCUUCUCCGCACUGUAUGCGACGAAAUGCCACCAUUCUCCGAACGACAAUCCGCACUGCUUGCCAGAGUGCAUCAGAAGCAUGCCAACACUAGCGAUAAGAGAACUUGGAUUGUCGGUGGCAAGGAUGCGAAUGCAGAUGUGGCAGAGAUGAAGAUGGCCAAGGAGGGUGGCCUCAAGAGGACCUUCAGCACAAAUACAAAUGGCCAUCACGCGGCCAAUGGAGGCACGAACGGAACAAAUGGCCACGGCAACGGUGUGAAUGAUCUGGCCGGCUUGGACAUGAACAACCUCGGACCUGCCGAACCCAAGACGAAGGCACCAAACCUGGCCAGUGCCGCCCACUUGUCUCCUAACUGGGAGGUUGGAUACAACAAGCUCCUGCUGAAGGGUGAGGGCGUGUUGUAUGAGGAUGGACAACUCCAAGUCGGUGUGCGUUCCGAGUACAGAGGACAGAUGGCGUGUCUCAUCCUGUACUUCAAGAACAAGACCCCUACAGCACUGGGGUCGUUCACCACAACACUGGAUCUUGACGAAAACGAAAAGGGCAAGCUGACAUGGGACGUGAAGAACCUCCCGGAGAGCACGAUCUAUCAGAAUGGGCAGUCUCAGCAGGUCAUCAUGUUCGAGUCAAAGAAGGUGUUUGACAAGAGCCCGACGAUACGUAUCAGCUACCUUGCUGGUGCUUUGCAGGCUGUCACCCUCAAGCUCCCUCUUACCGCACACAAGUUCAUGGAUCCCGCAGAUCUCUCCGCCGAUGACUUCUUCAGGCGAUGGAAGCAGAUCGGCGGUGCCCCACGUGAGGCCCAAGCGAUCUUUGGUCUGUCUCCUGGCAAGUCGGAUAGAGAGUUGAACGAAUUCUUUGUACGCCAGACGGUCGAGGGCUUCAGAUGGCGUGUCCUUGACGGUGUCGACCCCAACGCGAAGAACUUCGUGGGUGCCAGUGUCCUGCACACCUCAGAGGCUGGCAAAUUUGGUUGCUUGAUGCGUCUUGAGCCGAACUACGGAACCAAGAUGAUCCGUCUCACGAUCCGCGCCACAGACGAGAGCGUCCCUGCUGUCCUCCUCAAGGUUAUGCAGGACCGUCUAGCUGCUGGCUUCACGCAAGAAAAGUUCCAAGCCCCAACACCAUCCGAAAUAUCGGACGCAUUUAGCAACAUUCUGGUUACAUAGCGCAAAAAAAGGGAGGCAGUCCACACCACCGUUGUAAUACACAUUUUCACAGAAACCAAAAUCACUUUCUUCGUAAUGACACAUACCCCACAACACUUUUUGCCUUUUUCGUACCCCUUUCUUGUUUGCCUUGCUGUCAUCUCUUGGUUUUCGGUUCUGAAAGUGUUCCCUUUUUUAUAUCUGCAUGGCAAAGCUACUAGGGGUGGCGUCGGGAGGCAUCGUGGUAGCAGUCGUUUCCAUGUUGAGGUAGUUGAGGAAGCCCCUUUUGGGUGGUGAGAGGCGAUGUCGUUGGGGGACUUAAUGAAAAGUACUCUUUGUCGAGAUUGGUAUUUAUCAGGAGUCUAUCGUCUGUGCUAAGGCCUUCAUGUUCGAUUCUCUCGCACAGCGCUUGCCCGCUUGAUCUAUGCGAUACCCGCCCCAGAUAAAGUUGUGGUUGGCGUCAGCCAUUGCGGACCCCUUACGUUUUCUCCUGUCGAAACAAACAACGCCUUUCAGAGACGGCCAACGAAACCGUUGUUCCAGUCACCGCAUUCGCAUGUCAGCUUCUCGAUAGUUGUCGCCAAUCAGCAUCAGUGCCAAGUUCAAACCGUCUUAAUCACGACAAUUCUCAAGCAUUAACAUCUAGCUCUCUCUUCUGUCAGCUCGCCGGGGCGUGAGGAUAGGAGUCUCUGUCGAGAGCGGCCACCGCUGACUGGCUAUAAGACUACUUCGUAUCGCCCAA